UGGGAAAUCACACCCCGUACAUUGCCAACCAGGGAGAAAUUUCCUUUGCUUUAGCGUGGCAAUUUGUGGGUAAAAUUCCCUCGAAAAUCACCCUUAAGAUCACAUUUACUGUACUGUUGCAAACAUAUUCAGGAAGUCCAGCUUCUUUGAAUCACCCCUUGACUGUAUUUCGUGAGAUAAAUCCGUAGAGUUAUGACAUCCAGACGUUCACCAUUCGACCCCGGCGCACACGGCCUGGACGCAAAUUUUCAGUUAACCAGCUAUUCAGACCUAAAAGAUUUCGGGGCGAAAGUUCCUCAAGAUGAAUUGCUCAAACUCCUCCAAACGAUCAAAGAGCCAGACGGAGAGAAAACAGCCGAAGAGAUGGUGCUUCAACAGCCAGAAUACGGAAUUGGCAAUGACUGCAGUAUUGUCCCACUGCAACAUGGAGGACUUUUCCUCGUUCAAUCAACUGACUUCUCUUACCCAGUUUUGGAUGACCCAUAUAUUAUGGGCAAAAUAGCUUGUGCAGAUGUGCUGAGUGAUCUGUACGCUAUGGGGAUCAUAGAAUGUGACAAUAUGCUGAUGUUGUUGGCUGUUCCUCAGACGUUUAGUGACAAAGAACGAGAGAUCGUCAUUCCACUUAUUAUGCAAGGCUUCAAGGAUGCAGCAUCCCUGGCUGGCACCAAGAUCAGAGGAGGACAAACUGUUCUUAACCCUUGGUGUACCGUUGGCGGAAUAGCAACUAGCGUCUGCACGCCGGACAAGAUUGUCAGCCCUGACAAUGCUGUUACUGGUGAUGUACUUGUGCUGACCAAACCACUAGGCACCAUGAUUGCAUUGACAGCCAGGAAGUGGCUGUCUGUACCAGAUAAGAAGAAGAAGCUAAAUGCUCUCCUAACAGCUGAAGAGCUUGAGCGAGGAUAUCAGGAAGCUGUUUUCAACAUGUGUAGACUCAACAGUGAUGCGGCCAGUUUGAUGGCUACUUAUAAUGCACAUGGUGCCACCGAUGUCUCAGGCUUUGGUAUCCUGGGUCAUGCUGAGGCUUUAGCCAGGUGUCAGAAGGAAGAGGUUAGCUUUGCUAUCCACAACCUGCCCAUCAUUGCAAAGAUGCAGCAUGUUGCCAAGGGUUUUAUUGACUUCAAACUCUACCAAGGACGAUCCCCAGAAAUAUCAGGGGGACUUUUGAUUGCCUUCCCAAGGGAACAAGCUGCCAGCUAUUGUAAAGAAAUGGACAGAAGGGGUUUCAGUGCAUGGAUCAUUGGAAUUGUAGAAAAGGGUAACCGAACUGCCAAGGUCAUUGACAAGCCAAGGGUCAUCGAGGUCAUUACCAAAAUCCUGUGAUCCUCCGUUGGCAUUCCUGUGAUGUCCUUCCAAUCAUCCUGCUAAUUGCUCUCUUUUUGCAUUGUAAGAUAAGAAUGUUGGGAACAAGAUUGAUUUUUAAUAGGAAGUGGCAGAAAUAGGUAAUGUCCCACAUUUCCUUGGGCUGAUUUUAUGGAGCCGCCGUGCUGAAAAGAAGUGCAUUUUGAAUCUAAAAAUCAACUUGGAACAUGGCAGCUGCAAGCAUGUUACUGCAGUUGUGUUUGUUUGUCAACCGAAUGUGAUCUUCAUAGGUGAGAACUAAAUCACCAAGUUUUAGUUAUAUACAUGUAAAGACUGUCUUGGAAAGCAUAGAGAGGGUUUUGUAUGGUAUACAACACAACUGCCAGCGAUUUAACUUUGAAACAUGAACAUAAAUGUGGCACUUUGAAACAGUUUUCCGAAGUUUUAAACAUCAGUGGUACUUUCACUUUUGGGGUAACAGGUUGAUACAAGUGCUACAGCUCUGUGAAAUAUGGCCGUUGUGGUAUUUACAUAGUUUAGCAUAACCAUCUACAGUAUACUCUUGUGUUGGCAGCUUUUGGUAAGAACUGAGAUCAUAUUAGUUUCUCUACAAUCAACAUUACAGGUGCUAAUGCAUACAACUAGAAAUAGCUAUUUUCUUAAGGAGGCUCUUAAAAACUGUACUUUGCUUACACAGCCAGAAAAGGUAGCUGAUUAUUUUCCUUGAACUGUGCUUUCAUUUGCCUGGCAAAGCGUUUAAACAAUUGCAUGUUAGUCAGUGGCUAGCUGGAGAGCUUUAGUUAAAGACGAUUGAUCGUAGAAUAUUCCAUCACUAGAAACUUAUUUUAACAUUUGCUUGUUCAUAGUGAUAGAUAAGGAUUUUAUUGACUUCUGUAGCAACUCUUAGAAUCAAAUCAGGGAAUGCAUUGUGGAUGAUGUGGAGAAUGAUGAAGGUAGUCGUCGAAUUCUGUAAUGACCAUUCCAUAUUGAAUGUUGAGUGUCUUAAUAUAUGGGAAAACCAUGUCACUAAACAAUCCCCUUGACUACACUCAACUUGUCAAACUUAGACGUCUUUGUCAAAUUUACUUUAACAUUUGCCCUUAUCAAGUCCUAAUUUAUGCAAAACUGCUUUUGAGGUACAAUUGUAUCAGGUUAAUAUGGAUCUCAUGGCUGAAGUUGUGCUUGUCAACAAUUGCAUUUACAUAUGCUUGUCAAGUUACACCUGAACAUGUAGGCAGUGAAAGGCUUUGCUUAGAUGGCCAAGGACGGUGAUGUCCAGUGUAAUGUAAACACUGUACUUUCCCUGUUGCUUUCACUGUUCAUGAUCUUUAUCUUGUAAAGAUUAACUUCAACAUUGCCUCCAGGAUGGAGAUGAACAUGAAGUUGGAAUUGUUGUCCAGCUCUCUUGUUGUGAUGUUUUAGAAUUUUGCCACAAAAACAUAAAAUUUAGCCAUUUUAUGGAGUUUUUGGAAUUUGGUCAAUUGAAGGAUCUCUAAAAUUCUGUUUUAAUGGGCCUUAAUACCAGCACAUGACAAUUUUCAACUGUAAAUUGUGUACAACAUGGGAGAAUCAUAACACAGCACUCUGUGUCUGGGUGUCAGUCAGGUGAUGGUAGUGUAGUUUUCCAAAAAAUAACUUCAUUAAAUGGCCCCAACAUUAGCCUGAGAUGUUUUUCUACUAAGGUAGACUUAACUUAGAGGAAUUACCUUUUGUUUUAUGUUAAGUGCUGGCUGAAUUUAAUGCCUAUUUGCGAAGCGUAUAUCAUCAUUCUAUCCAAACUCCUUAACUGUACCUUAACUGUAAUAUGCUUUUCUUGACACAUUGUAAUAUGCAAAUUGGCAUCUGUAUUCAAGUAUUCUCACUCCCUCAUGAUGUUUCAGUUAAUUCUUUUCAAAUUAUUCUGUCAUAUAUGCACUUGCAGAAUAACAAUGCUCUUUUUCAUAAUAUAACCACAUGGUUGUUCAUUUUUGUAUACUCUGAUUUUUGAGGGUUUCUGUCUUAAGGUUUAUCAACUGACUAUAAAAUUCAACAUCAGUAUUGUUUGAGGAUAAAUCUCAAACUUCAGAACACUCUAAGCAUUUAAUUUGGAAUGCUCACUGUCAAACAUGAUUAAGGAUGAGAAUGUCAUGUGUUUAGUAUAAAAACACAGCUUGGCUCUGCUUGGAAACAUGCCUGAUUAGUAACAGAAAUCUGAGUAGAAUGCAUGUAAAUUGCUUGUGCCUUGAUAUUCAGUGGUUUAACAAAUCAUGGCACUCACAGCCAUCUGCAAAAAGGAAACUUAAGAAACUUAUACAGCCAUUAAAGCCAAAUUAUCAUGUUGGGUGUAACUUUUUAGACAGCGUCACUCUUUAUUUGUCUUUUAAAAUUUGAAUGAAAAAGUCAUGGCCAUAGUGUAAUUAUUCAGUACAUUAUGUUUUCCAACAGCCAUUGAACAACCAGCUUGUUUAUUGCAUGCCUUUAUUUUUCCUUCUAUAAAACAUAUUCUCUUUUAUUGUAAUGCUAUGUUCCUUUUAUAUUAAUUGUCUCGCAAAAAAUAAGAUGAAUGUUUUUCAAUAUGGAACAAUUUGAAAUGAAGGCUUGUUGAUAAACUAAGUUUUACAUACCACCAGUAGUGAUCAUGUCAUUGGUCGAUUGACUUGCCUCAUGCCUAUGCAUGCAUUUUUUCUCAAACUAUUUUUUAUAUGAAUAAAAUUCCCGGCACUCUUCAUUAGCAUGGUA